AUGGAGUGGGAGGAAGAGGUUUAUGCUUCCCUCGACUCCUCAUCGCAGUUCCCUCCUGCGCCACCUGAACUUGAGCCGAUCUUCAUCCCCCUUGAUGCCCGCGCCCUCUCAGCUUCAGAUGACCCUGCUCCUGAGCUCGAGAGCCUCGACUUUCUUAAUGACUCCGCUUUCCCCGACAAUUCCGCAAGCUUCUCCAACAAGUCGCCCCUGCCUGCCCUUGCAGGCAAACGCAGCAGACCCAUUAGCAAGAUCUCAGUAGCAUGCAGGCGAUGCAAGGACCAGAAGGUCAGGUGCACCGACCAGGUGCCUUGCUCGAGGUGCAUCAACUCCGGGCUAGGGCCCACGUGUACUAAGAUGAAGGCGCCGAUGCUGCCGAUGAAAGCGCCGAUGCUGCCGAGAAGCUUCCCGCUGUUCGUUCCGGGGGAGCCAGCGAUAGCACUAGGAGGGAGCUACGGGUGUUUACCGCAAGUUUGGUAUCAACCAGAAGCAGCGAUGCAGCUACGGGCCAAGUCAGCAUGCGACCACUGCAGACUAAGUAAGGUGCGAUGCGACGAGGCGAAACCCUGCAGCCGGUGCCGGCACAACGGACUAUCAUGUCCGUUGUCGAGCUAUGCACUCAACUUACCAUCUGAUACCGUGAGGGCCAUGGAGAGCAAGCGACGUCGAUCUCAAGUGAAGCAAGCGUGCGAGGCCCGAUCGACAUCUCCUGGCCCGGGCGAGCCAGUCACGCGCGGCGGCCUGGCACUGAGUGACUACUUGGCUCUGGGUUCAACUGCCAUGAGGGCCAUGGCAACAGUCCCAGCGGCGAUCAUGCCGGAUGGCAGAGCAAGGGGGGAGAUAAAAUGCGAUGGACCUAUGGGCUCAAGUCUUCUUCAAUGGAAGUCGGCGAUAGCAACUGAAUGCUGGGCAGCAGAAGACGGAGGUUGGCGAGUUUGCUCCCUCGUUGAGAUCAUCUUGUUUGGAGCUGGGCCUCUCAACAUGCUCCCGUAUGACCCGAAGUUUGCUAAGCAGCGCUUUUUCGGAAAAGCAAAGGGAGAUUCUGCCAAAUAUGAUAAUUCAACUAUCGCUAGAAGUCUUCAAGGAGCAUCAAGAGAAAUGAAAGAAAAAGGGAGAGAACAAACAGAUCUUGCUGCUUUGCUGGUUAAGAGCACAGCAACGAACAUUGGAUUCACGAUCCGAUUCCAACAAAUUCCGCGCAUGGAAAGAAAAAUCAACCAAGAUAUGGAGGGAUUGAAUCGUCCAUUCUUUCGUGAUCAGCUGUAUGACAAAGAGAGCGCUACACCUUCCCAGAGCUUUCGCUUGACGAGGCUCCCUCCUAUCCGCCUUGAUUCGGGCAAGUUAUCCCAAGGCAUUCGCAGUCAUUCAGUGGACUUUAAUUUCCCCUGGAGCUCGAGUCCUCUCCUCAAGAAGAAAACAGCAGAAACUAGCAGAUCUUUCACUGAGCUUCCUCCCAGAGCAUCCGGAUCUCAGAAGGUCAAGCUGGGAAGGGUGACGGCGAGAGAGCCGGAGGAGGUUCAGGGCUGGAAGGUGGGAGAGUGCUUAUCGGAGGAAGCGAUCUGUCUGCUGGUAGAGCAUGCUAGGAAGUACAGCGAUGAGUCCAGACGUUGGCUCACCGAGAGUUUCAAGACGAACGGACAAGUUUGGAAGAGCAAGAAGCUCAGCAGCGGGGGAGCGAGUCUGUUGAGGAUGCUGUGGAGCCUCUUCAAUCUCAAGGGAUCAGACCUCACAGAGCUGGUAAGCGACAGGGCAACCUUUGAGAUAGAUUACCAUCAGAUCCAAGAGGGUAUCGACCAGACCCUGCUGGCUGGCCUCCUGCAGGGAUUGAAAUGGCUGGAGGGAGACGCUGACGAGCCGAACGGCUCAAUCGCGCCAUGGCAGAUGAGGAAAUUCCUCCUGCAAGCUGAGAACGAGAUGCAGCGAUCGGGCGUGUGCUUGCCGCAGACCUCCAGCGUCAGCUUCUUGAAAUUCGUUCACUUCAUCCAUGCGAUGAUGGUAGAGGUGGGAGACGCGAUAGAACGACGACACGUCCUCGUGCAGGCUCCUCCCCCCGCCCCGGCCGAGCGAACGGAAGGAAGGAGAGUUUCCAUCUCCAAGUCAGCAGUGUUCGAGCUGGAGUCCAGCUGCCCUGGAGGGCUGAGCGCCGACCUCUUCGCCAUCUUCACGAGGUUCCAGAGGGUGGAGGACGGCAACCGGUGCCACCUGGACGCUCUCAAGGACUCCCUCUACAUGAACGGAUACGGCCACCAUGAAACCCUCGACAUCUGUAGGAUCGCAGGUAGGCACAUCGAUGAGACCAGGAUGGUGAGCAUGGAGAGCUUUGCGGCGAUCAUGGCAGAAUUCCAUGAGCAGAAGGACAGUGUUGUCCUCCCCCCGGGCAUGCAGAACUCCCUGUCCUUGCUUGUGGUCUUCGAGCCCUCCAUCGCAAACAUCGACGACAUCAUCCAGCUCUUGUCCAAGGAUCUCAAUUUACAGAUGGGAAACAGCGAGGACGGGAAGGAGGUGAAUGUCAUCGUAGAGUUCGUGGUGCUCAGAAACGACACGAGCUUGUCCAACGGGAGGCCUCCCAGGAGGCUAGCAAUCAGCAUGAGGGGCCUCAGCUUGCACACUCUGUGCUUGUGCUUCACCUCUGCCGAUCUGAUCCACGAGCAGCACAUCCCCUCCUUCAUGAAACUCAGCAGGUUCGACUCCAUGGUCACAUCCUUGCGAGCGCAGGGAGAGACGAUGAGCGACGAGCUGGCGAACCUCCUUCAAACUUGUUUCAAGGCCGACACCUCGUCGAAGCUGAAAGCGAGCAGGUUCGCCCCAAACGGGAGGAAGAGGCUGAGAGAAGUGAAGAAGUUUGUGCUCGAUUACAUGGAGCGACAGUCGUUGAAGUUUGAGGACGUUGAAGAAGAAUUGAUCUACUUUGGCCCUGUCAUGGAGGUCAUGGCCGGGCUGUCAGAGAUCGCAGAGUCGCGCAUAGUCUUGCUCGAGGAGGUUGAAAUCGUGAACACGAUCGCCAUGGACAAGGCCCGCAGUUGCAUGGACCUCUUCACAUCUCGUGUCCCUUCCGCUGCCGUCCAGACCGUCUUCCUAUCCUCUGAAAGAUCCAAAGACAACCUGCCUCCCAACAUCUCCUCCUACUCUAAUCUCGACAAGGUGGUGGACGACCAUGUCAACUCUCUCCAUCGCACGAUACAGCAGCGCUGUAACAAGUCGAAAGACGUGCAUUGGGGAAUCAUCAAGAGAGAAAUCUUCGAGAUGAAACAGCAGCACCUCGUUGUCAACGAUCAAGACCAGCACAAAGAUGGGUUCUGGCUGCACCAGAAAGCUCUAGCAAAGCAGAGGAUGACCAUUAGGAACAGCAAGGUGUCAGAUAGCCUGCUAGACAAUCAGAUCGACCGGGCGCUGCGUCUCAGCAGUCAGGCAGUAGCUGAAGGAUCGACCUCCUGGGGCUUCGAGGGGGAGAGCAAGACCUUUGAACUUCCUUCGAAUGACCAACAGGCCCAGGCCAUCUUCCGCACCUUCAGCACGCGGGUCAAAAGGUCCACCAACUCCAUCAAGGGCAGGAGCUGGGAGAACAUGACGUGGCAGGAGCGCCUAGUGAGCGUGCAGGUCGUCAACGAGUACCUGAGCGUCGAGAGCGAGGAGGAGGAGCAGAGCUCGCCCGUGCUCGAGGACUGCGAGAAGGACCUCAGGAGGGCUGACGGGCAGCGCAUCAGGAACGGAGCUCCGCUCAUCGUCAUCGCCCCGAGGGGCUCCGGGUGCAGCAGGGUCCUGAUCAGAGCACUACAAGACUCUGCGUCCUGGGGUCAGCUGGCAGCUGAGGACGAGGACGCGGUCCUUGAGCUCCAGGGGAGCAGCGACGGUCAAGUUAUUGGUGAGGAGGAGGAGGAGGAGGAGGAGGAGGAGGAGGAGGAGGAGGAGAAAGGAGCUUGCUUCGUCCGGCAGAUCGGCGUCACCUCCUCCUCCUUGGUCGGUCGCUCCCUCCUCCGCAAGCUUGUUCAGCAGAUCCGCGAGCACUACAAGGGAGACAGUUUCAAGCUGCAGAUGGUCAUCGCAAUCGACGGACUUGAUCGCAUCCACCCGGAAGAUCCCAUCCACAACAUGCAGUGGCUGCCUGCCGAGCUGCCGGAGAACGUUCGGAUCGUCAUCACGGCUACCCCCCAGUACUUCAGCAGCAUGUGCGACUGCGACAAGAAAACUUUCUGCAGCCCCAACGUCAUUCACCUGCUGCCGCCCUCGUUCGAGAGCCUGCAAGCUUGUGUGCAGCUGGGCAAGAAGGUCGGGAGGUUGCCCGGGAACGGAGGGGUGAAGGAGAUGCUCGAGGUGCUCAAGGGAGAGAGGAGCCUGUCCAUGUUGAAGGUGCUGGCGGAGAUGAACUUGAACUCUUCCAUGGACGAGGACGACAUCGUCCUACCCGUCGCCCUCCACAACGGGAGGCUCGCAUUGAGAGCUGAUUCCUCGUUCCCCCACCUGAACAAGUUCCUCUCCCUCCUUGUGCUCGUCCGGUACGGCAUCUCACAGAGCAGCUUCAAGUUUGCUUGCCAGGCGCUCUUGGAGAGGCUGGGGGAAGGAGACAAGGCCAUAAUACCUCCGGGUACUUUCCUACCCUUCACCUCUGUCUUGUAUCAUAGAAACACUCUCCGCAUCGUCAUCGCCAACGAAGGCAUCAAACAAGCAAUCAAGACGGACAGUUUCUUCCAGCAGCACGAGCCUGAAAUCAUAGAUGUCCUCGUCGAGACGUUCCAGCGACCCGGAGCCGACGAGAACGAGGAGGUGAUGUCGAUUCUCCUGGAGAAGAUGAAGAGGAAGGGGAGUCUGGACAGCUCCCUGCUCGCCCCCCUCCUCGAUUUCAACCUCAUCGCCCUCAAGAUCCUCCAUGGCCACCUCGAGGACCUCUUCAGGGACUACCGAGAGGUCCUGCUGGCUGUCGUCAACGGGCAGAACACGCUUGUCAAGCAAUUCGCCCACUCCCUCAUACCCCAGCUGGCCUCCGACAGGGGCCUCCUCCCUCCUCCCCAGCUGGACUCUCACUUUAUCAACCCGUCGGGGAGGCACACGAGGACCAAGUUGGAGUGUCUCUGCUGCCUCCAGAACAAGCUCAAGGUCACCAGCUGCGACCUCCUCCAGCUGGAGGGCGUCCCUGUCAAGUUCCUCUGCGGGCACGGGGACGGGUCCGUCACAGUCUGGGACGGCUUGUUCGCGGAGAUUGACCGGCGCUUCCGUGCGCACGAGGAGGAGGUGGCAGCGUGCAGGUUCCUGCCGUUGCUGGAGGAGAAGAGGGUUGAGCAGCUGCUUGCUCUGACCUGCUCGAAGAACGGGACAGUGAGAGGAUGGCGAGCUUCGACCGGGAGCCUUCUGUUUCAGUUGCAUCCUUUCUCUGAGAGACUGGUCAACGAGUUCGAUCCUUCGACGAGGCUCAAGGUGAAGUUGAGGCCGAAGAGGAGGGAGAGGACGCUGACAAUUUUAACACAGCACGAUGUCUCCUCCUCCUCCUCCUCCUCCUCUCCAUCGUACAUGAUCGUCAGGCGAGUAUCUGAGGACAAGGCAGAGAUUGCCCUGGGAACGCGAGGAGGGGACCUGGUGCUAUGGAGAUGGACGACGACUACGCAGGCGAUGGAGCACGAGUUGAUAUCGCUCAAGAGGAAGGCGCAUGGAACAAGCAUCAGCGUCAUUUCCUUCGUGCGGCACGAAGAAUUUCUCAUCAGCUCCUCGUCGGAUCGAGUCUUGAAGUUCUGGCACCUUCGGUCUCAUCCACGAGUUCUCCUUGCACGAUGA